CAGAGAACCUCUUAACUGCCAAGAGACAGAUUAUGAAGUAGAGGAAGUAAUUCUGCUCACUUCCAGGUGGUAGAUGAUGGGUAACCUUAAACAUUGCUCUAUUCCCUUGUAAUAUUUAUAGUAUCAAAAAGUUCAAUGAAUAUUGGUAUUGUUAUUAUUGGUGAUUUACAAAAUUCCCUGAAUUUACAAUGAAAUCUGCUCUUAUAAGCAUUAAUUCCUUACACCCAUUUGCUCCGUUCUGUGCGCACACAUCCUCUAAGCCAAAGAAUCCCAAUGUAUUCUGCAUAAAACCCAUUGCUUGGCCCACCCUACUCUCCUCCGAAUCUCAGUCCAAGCCAUCCAGAUUGGUUGUGCUUUGCGCUUCCCAUACCGCAAGACCUUCGAAUGCCGAACUGAAGGAUCGUGGGGUGGAGGAGGUUCCGAGUGAAGACUUUGUUGAAGAUGAGAAUACACAAAGUCAAUGGAAUGUGGAAGUGGGGAGCCCCAGUGUUCCGGCCAAGUUGAGCCUGAGUGACCACGCGUUCUUUCUCUUGGCGUUCAUUGCUUGCAAGACUUCUGUUGCGUUUACUAGCCUUGUUAUUGCAGCUGUCCCAACACUAUUUGAUGCUAGUGGAGUGCUUCAAUCAAUGGGAUAGCCAUGGCAUCUGGAUUAGAGUUAUUACUAGUGAUUAUGAGAAGAAUGAAUAAGUUGGAGAACUAAAAAAUUAUAUAAAGCAAAGGAGAAACAUUUGAAGUUUGCUGUGGCGUUAUCUUGAAUUGUAACCUUUUGAGGAUGAUGACAAAAGAACAAAAUAUGUACCUUCAUUGAAGUUGAUUUUCUGUUUUGGAAGUUAUGUAAUACUUGAAAGUUGAUACUCAAGUAACAGAGUUAAUUUGUUGUGUAAUGGGAGUGGAUGUGUAACGGAGUUGGACUU